UAUUUUUCUCUCCCAGUGUGCUGAAUGUUCCUCCUGCUGGAGAAAAGGAGAAAAAAAAACCCAACGCCGGUGGACACACAGAGAAGGAAGGCGCAGUGGAAAAAUAAAGGAGGUGGAGGAAAAGUGAAGUAACAGGAGAUUAGCGGGAAGCUUGGAGGGACAGGCUGGGAAGAGAGCGAGGAGAAAAUUACGGAGAGCGAGACUUGUCGUACAGAUACAAUUAUAUUUUCUACAAGUCCCACAAUUUUGCUCGAAGAUUUUUUUGUAUUCCCCACUUGCUGAAUAAACGGAGGCAACACCAUGACAACAGAAAUGCAGGAGAUCGCCAUCACGGAGGAUAAGCCUUUACUCACGGGUCAGGCUGACACCACCAAGGAUGCUGAACUGGCUGCUAGGAUACUCCUGGACCAAGGACAGGAGCACAGUGUUGAGACUCCACAUGGCGUCCUGCACGUGACCCUCCAUGGCACGCGAACCACCCGUAGGCCCGCUAUCCUCACCUUCCACGAUGUGGGUCUGGACAGUAAGAGCUGCUUCUCGCCUCUAUUCAAAUUCGAAGAGAUGCAGGAGAUCGUCAAGAAUUUCACCCUGAUUCACAUCGACGCCCCAGGACAAGAGGAGGGGGCCGCCGCCUACCCUGCAGGUUACCAGUAUCCCUCCAUGGAGACCAUAUCAGAGAUGAUCCCAGCUGUCCUGCAGUUUUUCAACCGUAAAUAUAGAUGUAUAUGAGAUAGUGUCACACUGUCAGUGAACACUUCUGCUUUCUCUCCUCAGCUCACAAACCCAGAUGCAGUGGAAGGUCUGGUUCUGAUCAACAUCGACACUAACGCCCGAGGAUGGAUAGACUGGGCUGCUCAAAAGCUCAGCUCCGUGACGUCCUCCCUCACAGAGCAGAUUCUGUGCCACCUUUUCAGUCAGGAGGAGCUGUCGUCAAGCACAGAUCUAGUGCAGUCUUACAGAGAGCGCAUCUCCAAAGCUCCAAACCUGUCCAACAUGGAGCUCCUGUGGAAAUCUUACAACAGUCGUAGAGACCUGAUCUUUGACCGCAACAGCGCUUUCAAAUGUCCUGUGAUGCUGGUGGUGGGCGAUCAUGCUCCCUAUGAGGAUGCUGCUGUGGAGUGCAACAGCAAAAUGGACCCGACAACAACCUCGUUCUUAAAGAUGGCUGAUGCUGGUGGUCUGCCUCAGCUGACUCAGCCUGCUAAACUUACUGAGGCUUUCAAGUAUUUCAUCCAGGGCAUGGGCUACAUGGCUUCAUCUUGCAUGACUCGCCUGUCCCGCUCUCGUACCACCUCCCUCUCCUCCUCCUACUCCAUGGAUGGCUCCCGCUCUCGCUCCCGCACCCUGUCCCAGGGCUCGCAGGGCGGCCAGAUGCCGCCCAGCCCCUCCCAAACGAUGGAGGUGUCUUGCUGAAGAAAAACAAAACGAUAGAAAGAAAGAGCGAGAGUGGGAUGAGAGGAGGGUGGAAGCAAAAGGAAGGGAAAGAUGAAGCAUGACAAUAAUGCAGAGACAAGAUGAAUGGGUUACUUAUUUGUCACUAAACAACUCCUUUCAUUCCCCACAAAGAGCAGAAUAGGAAUAUGGAUGGUUAGAGAGAGGGAGGGAAGGAGGAAGAGGAAUAGAGUGACUUGAGUGGGAAAAAAAAACCCCUUCUCUUUACAACCUCAGCCCAAAGCAAAGUACAACUGGCUGUUCUGCCAUAAACAUGAGUCUUUAAAAGGCAUGAAGAGAUUAUUAAAGCAAAGGAGGGGGUGACGACCAGCAACUAGUCCUCUCUCCCUCUAUUGUCAGCCAAUAGAGCCCUUUAAUUUAGAUUUACAGUGCAGCGUAUAAAACCAAUAGUAAUAAUCCUGAAAACGGUAUUGUGGAUGUUGAUGCUGAUGAUUCUGAUGUUCUUGAUGAUGAUGAUGAUGAUAUUGAAGCUAAUGAUGAUAGAAAAAAACAGUAACUUUUCUCUUUAUUACAUAAUGACUUAAAAACAACAUAGACAAAAAAAACGUACUAUAGCAGAGAUACUUAUAACAAUGUGUGUCUACUACUUUUAAAGCUAGUUUUUAUUGUGUUCUUCUUCUUUUUUUUUUAAUCAUUUCUUUUAUGGAAUUUUUUUUCUUAUAUGUAACCUGUCUCAGCAAGGGGCUGAAGAUACUGAUUGGCUGACCCCAUCAUAUGGAGACAGCCAAUGAGAGCCAUUGUAGUGACUACUUCCUCCUUGAUGUUGCCAGAUUGUUUAUGUCUUCCAUUUGGCCCUCGUCUAUAAGUGACUGUAAUCUUUCCCCCCCUCCAUUGGAUUUUGAUGUGAUGGACAAGAAGCUUUUAUUUUAUUUUAUUUUUUCUUCUGGACUGUUUGGAAGUUGCAUGCCUGCUAUCAACUCAUGUUAAUAUUGAAUGGAUAAUGUUGUUU